AAGUACCUAGCAACCGCUUGCGUAUCCUAGCAACUACUGGUCCUUUGCCUGGUGACACAGCACCCGGGAUGUGACAGCUGCAUGUGCCUCUUGAACAGGACUUGCGAAAUCAGUUUACAUUUCUGAUGGCUUGGCUGAUGGUUUGUCCAGUAAGAGAAAAGUACUUCUGAAAUAAAGAGUGGAAGAAGACAUGUAACAUACAUCAUCACCUGUGACAACAUGAAACAUUGCCUUAUACUGCUCUCCAGACAUCACUGCCACAACAGCAUGAGCUGCCUGCAAGAUGUCUAAGCCAAAGCCAGACCUGGAGUUAAACCAUCUAGUACGUGAAUCCUCUUCACAGCCUUCCAGUCCUAAGCUCUCUACGGCCAACAAUACAUCACAUCUCCCCAACGUUCCCAACUUCAGCCCGUCCAGUGGCAAUCAGUUUCCACUUCAAAGCCAGAUGUCAGGUGUGGUCAACCCCAGCUUUUCUAAGGAAGAGGGUCCCAACAACUGGCCUAGAGGGAAUUCUAAAGUGGGCCCUCACCCUGCUGUUAAUGUAGAAGAUGUUGAUUCUGAUGUAGACAACAGCAGCACCAAUAGAUCUCAGCCAGUUCCCCGUGCCCUCACACCAGCUUCAUCUUACAAGAGCAAGACACUGACUGUGCCAGGGGUUCCUAUCUCGAUUCGAAGGAAGAAGCUCUAUUCACAAGGUGACAGUACUGACGAUUGUGAGACACCAGUCCAUGCUUGGCCUAGUCAGUCCAGCCUGCAAACCGAUGACGGGGACAAAGAACGACCACCAUCUGUGACCAGCCAAUCCAGUGCAAUUGUUACUGAGCGCCUUCAGGAGCUUGUCAGACUGUUCAAGGAUAGGACAGAAAAAGUGAAGGAAAAACUAAUAGACCCCGAGUCCUCCUCAGAAGAUGAAAGCCCCUCAGCAUCUCCAGCAAAGCCAGCCCCUUCUGCUCCUGCACCACCGACAGAGGAGCCAAAACCGGAGGAAGGAAAAAUAGCACCAAAGGAGGAAGAACAUUACUGUGAAAUGAUGUGCUGCAAGUUCAAGACCAUGCCCUGGAUGCGACGGGCGAAGAAAUGGAGUUUCCCUGAUAGCAUUGACCCAUUUACCAACCUCAUUUAUGUCCUGUGGCUGUUCUUUGUGACUUUGGCCUGGAAUUGGAAUGUGUGGUUGAUCCCCGUAAGGUGCACUUACCCCUACCAGACCCCUGAUAAUAUCUAUAUCUGGCUGGCUGUGGACUACUUGUGCGACUUCAUCUACAUCAUUGAUAUGUUCCUCUUUCAGACACGUCUGCAGUUUGUGCGGAGCGGGGACAUUAUUACUGAUAAAAAAGAAAUGAGAGACAAUUAUUUGAAAUCCUUCAAAUUCAAGAUGGAUAUGCUUUCACUCAUUCCUCUGGACUUCCUAUAUUUUAAGGUUGGAGUGAAUUCUCUUCUACGACUGCCACGUCUGUUAAAGUACAUGUCUUUCUUUGAGUUUAAUGAUCGUCUGGAGGCAAUUCUGAGCAAAGCUUACAUCUACAGAGUCAUCAGAACAACAACCUACCUCCUGUACUCUUUACACUGCAAUUCCUGUCUCUACUACUGGGCAUCUGACUAUGAAGGGAUCGGAUCAACCCGUUGGACAUAUACUGGACGUGGGAACAGCUACAUUCGUUGCUACUACUUCGCUGUGAAGACUCUGAUCACAAUUGGGGGGCUGCCUCAUCCAGUGACAUUGUUCGAAAUCACUUUCCAGCUUCUGAACUACUUCAGUGGGGUCUUUGCUUUCUCUAUAAUGAUAGGGCAGAUGAGGGAUGUGGUUGGGGCUGCAACUGCUGGAAAAACAUACUACAGAGCAUACAUGGACGGAACCAUUAAGUAUAUGAGCAAUUAUAAAAUCUCCAAGGAUGUUCAGAAUCGCAUUAAGACCUGGUAUGAAUACACAUGGAAAUCCCAGGGGAUGCUGGAUGAGCAAGAAUUACUGGUGCAACUGCCAGACAAGAUGAGACUAGACAUUGCAGUGGAUGUCAGUUACAGCAUCGUCAGCAAGGUGCCACUCUUUCAGGGAUGUGACCUUCAAAUGAUUUAUGACAUGCUGAAGAGGCUAAGGUCGGUGGUAUAUCUGCCAGGAGAUUAUGUCUGCAAGAAGGGUGAGAUUGGAAGAGCGAUGUAUAUCAUCAAGGAUGGAGAAGUGCAAGUAUUGGGUGGUCCAGAUGGAAAGACGGUUUUGGUAACACUGCGAGCUGGAUCUGUCUUUGGGGAAAUCAGAAAAAUGCUCAACAAAAACCAGAAAACUAAAGAGGCGGCAGAAAAGGCAAAACAUGUGAUUCGUCCUAGAGCUGAAACCCCCAAACUUCUCCAAGUGGCUGUAGCAGCUAGUAAGCAGUCUGGAAUUGAAGGAUCCCUCACAAGAAUCCAGCCACGACUGCAGAAGUCCAGCUCCUUAGAGCCGUCCACUUCCCUAAAGCAAACACCUUCUCCACAAGGAAUGGCAGAAGAUGACAACCAGGAUGCAGUAUCUGUGUCCUCAGACAGCUCCACGUUAAAUUCUACCAGAGGGAAAAACCUGUCUGUAGAAGUGUCUGCAGAGGAAAAAGAGACAUCCAAAAAAUAAGCUAUGAAAUCUGAGGAAUGCAUGAAAGAGAUUCCUUUUGGGCAGCACUUUGUGGUUCUUGAAUUUCCAGCUGUCACCAAAAGAGGAGUAUCUUCAGUCAUGUAGUAAUCUAUGCUAGUUUACAACACUAUGGCAGUGUAACUACAGAUAUUGUAUACCAGAAACAUCAGCUGAAUAGAGCUUUAAAGUGCACAGGUGAACAGCUAAACUACAGUAAAAGUCACAUGUAGACUGGCAGCUUUGUUUUACUAUUUAAAGUUAUUAUGGUACAUGACAUCAUUUUUUACUAUAAGAAAAUCACAUUUCUGUCUUACUUUUAUGACAAUUCAUUUUGGCUGCGUUUUCUCUUUUUCCUUAAAAGAAAAUAGAAAGUGAAUGUUAAUAAGCAAUACUAAUAUAAGUGUUGCCAAUGGCUACUUAAUUACAAGGCAUGCUAGUUGGCCUGAAGCCACUGAAAGUUACCGAAAGCAAAAAGCUCCUUUACACUGGGCACAAUAUGUCUGUAGAAUUCUGAGAUCAUAUAUUAUUGACCUUUAUCUAAUCAGUCUAAUCUAAUCUCCAUUGUUGACCGAUUCUGGAAAUGUGUGUACUGUAAAAUAUAAAAUAGACUUUUUUUAAUGUUUAAAUGUGUUUUAAUGUAACCGAACAAUUCUUUCUACAUUAUGUAUUUUCUUAUAUUGAAAAAGAGUUUUAUACACUGUUCCUAUAAAUAAAAUUCAUUACUGUUCUUAUAAAUAAAAUUCAAUAGAUAUUUCUUAACAGUGAUUUAUAUUAUUAUAUUGUACUUUCAAAAUAUUCAAGUUCAAUAGUAUACCAGGUACUAUUGUUGCAUUUUCUACUGCCAUCAUUAGCUGUCCAAAUUAACACUGACAGAAACAACCUUUUUCUUUUUGCAAAGUUAUAUUAAGUUGGUUCUGAAUAAAGACGGAUUGCAAAAGAAUUACAUUUUUUCUAUUUUCACCUUCUAUUGGAACCUGUCCGUAAGAAAUGUAAAAAACACAGUAGUACAUGCAAACAUAUCCUUAACAGCCAAAAAUAAACUCGUGAAAACAGUAUCUGCUCGUAAUUUGAGAAGUUUUAAAGCACUUUAAUAUACUGUUGAAAUAAAAUUACAUAGUAUUUAUCAUUGUGCAAUAACAUUCAUUUGUAUGCACACACUUAACAUUGUGAAUAUGAAUUAUGAGCAGGAUUAACUCCUUUAUUAGAUUCUAUAUCAGAAUAUUAAAAAUUUACUAAUAUGGCCCAGCACCAUCAAAGUCCAGAAAUGUUAAGGAAAACUUCAUGGGUGCAAAAUCUCAAGGCAGUAUUUUGAAUCAGGAUUAUAUUCUUUUCCAGAUUUGUGUGACUGGGCACCAUCCCCAAGUUUAAUGGACAGUUAAAAAGAUGGAUCAUGUUUUAAUAUUAAGCAGUGCACAUUGCAAAUAUUUAAAAAUGAAGGACAGCCAGUGUUGUUAAAUUCCAUGGUAUUCACAUUUGCCACUUGUUGGUAUGAUGUGACAAACACAUCAGUUUAAAUAGCAAUAGUUUUGUCUGUGCAUAACAAGAUGCAAAGGUUUGUUUUUUUAGGAUCAAAGAGUAUUCUGUUGUUAAAACAUUUUUAGAGUCAAUCCAUUGGAAGUUUGCGUAGAGGUUGCAGAAUUAUCCAGAUGGCAUGUCUGUAGUUUACAGUUAAAUGCAAUUUUUAUCAUUGGGGGUAUCUUGUUUUCUUUAUACUUUAUGCCUCAAAACUGAGCAAGUGUAAGGCUGUAGAAUUGAAGUAGAAACUGUCUUGCUACUAACACAGGUUGUACUGUUUGGAUAUUUUAUGGAGGUGAGUACUCUAACCCUGUGAUUUAUGUUGUG